AUGGCCAAAGAAAAGUCCUUAACCCCUAGAACCGGACGGGCCGACAUCUUCAUGAGCAUCAAGCCCGAACAUAUGCACAAUAUCGCGACUGGCGCAAAGAAUCACGAAUACCGUCGCUACCUCCUCCCAUCGAGCGUUCGUCGCAUCUGGUUCUACACAUCUGCCCCCAUGUCGCGAAUCGAACAUGUCGCCCGCGUCUCUCCCGGCAAAGUUCCUGGCGAAGUCCCCGAGGACGGCGGCAUUGGGAAUGAGGACUUCAAUGCGGGCAGAAAGGUCUCCAAAUACGGCUAUGAAAUCCUUGAUCUGUGGAAGUUGAGGGAGCCAAUCAGCCUGAAACUAGCCAUCUCAAAGGGGUUCUUAAAGGGCGCCCCCCAAAAGUAUUGUUGGGUUCCAGUGACCCUCCUAGAGAGCUGCCCAAUGGACCGACAGGACCAUAUCAUCUCAAGGGCACCCGAGGAGCGCCCUGUUGAAAAGAAAAAACAACUUGAUUUACAAGAACCCAAGAACGCAUCCGGUUCGCCCGGGCCAAGGAAGAUAUCUGAUUUCUUUACAAAGUCAGAUCCAACGAACUAA